AUGGCCAAGACCAUAGAGAAAAGAAUACAAAGAGAAGCUCACAUCUUGUGUUUUGGUUUCCCUGCACAAGGUCACUUAAGCCCAAUACUUCAAUUCUGCAAGCGGUUGGCCUCUAAAGGAGUCAAGGUAACACUAAUUUCCACCUGCACAACUUCAACUACUAGCAAGUUCAUCCAAACUCAAGCCAGUUCCAUUAAAGUUGAGUUCAUUUCUGAUGGCACCGAAGAAGAGAAAAGUAAGGCAACAAGUCCUGAAGAUUACUUUGAACGUUACAAGGUUUGUGUUUCACAAAGCCUGUCUGAAUUCAUCGAGAAACAACUUAAUUCUGAGUGUCCACCGAAGUUUCUCGUUUAUGACUCAAUUAUACCGUGGGUUUUCGAUGUAGCCAAGAGUUUUGGGAUGGAUGGCGCUCCAUUUUUCACUCAACCUUGGGCUGCUAAUUCAAUUAAUUAUCAUUUUCUUCAAGGGAGAUUCAAAGUUCCUUUAGAAGAGCCUAUUGUGACAUUGCCUUCUAUGCCACCACUAAGGGUCAAUGAUCUACCAUCAUAUUUUGAUGUAAAUGGCACUUACCCAUUAUCGCUAGACUUGCUGGUUAAUCAAUUUUCAAAUAUAGAGCAACCGAAUCGGCUCCUCUGUAAUAGUUUUGAUAAGCUGGAAGAUGAGAUAGUGAAGUGGAUGGCGAGUAAAUACCCAGUCAAGAAUAUUGGACCAAGCGUUCCAUCAAUGUACUUCGACAAACGGUUGGAAAGUGACAAAGCUUAUGGCCUCAGCCUCUUCAAGCCAAACAUCGAUACUUGCAUGACAUGGCUGGACUCUAAAGAAAUUGACUCUGUAGUCUAUGUGUCAUUCGGAAGCAUUGCUGCCCUUGAAAAAGAGCAGAUGGAGGAAGUAGCAUGGGGCCUGGAGAGAAGCAAUAGCUUCUUCUUGUGGGUAGUGAGGGAAUCCGAAUCUGAAAAGCUUCCAAGUAAUUUCCUUGAGGAAACAUCUGAGAAGGGUUUGGUAGUGAGCUGGUGUUCUCAACCUGAAGUUCUGGCUCACAAGUCGAUUGGGUGUUUCAUGACACAUUGUGGGUGGAACUCGACGCACGAGGCUCUGAGCUUCGGAGUACCAAUGGUGGCAAUGCCCCAGUUGUUUGAUCAAACAACUAAUGCUAAGUAUGUUGAAGAUGUGUGGCAGGUUGGGGUUAGGGUAAGAAUCAAUGAAGAAAAAAUGGUGACAAGAGAGGAGAUUGAGCUUUGUAUAAAUGAAGUCAUGGAAGGAGAGAGAUCAAAGGAUUUCAGAAGGAAUUCGGAGAAGUGGAAGGAAUUGGCUAAAGAGGCAGUAGAUGAAGGUGGAAGUUCUGACAAGAACAUAGAGGAAUUUGUUGCAAAACUUGUAUCCAGCUGAUGUUAAUGCAUAUUUUUCAUUGAUGUAGAAUGUUAAUAAAUUAUGUGCAUUUUUGUUUUGGAUUGCCUAGGAAAUAAAGAA